AUGCCGGACCCUGUACUGAUCACUCUCCCGACUGCGCCAACUUGGUCGCCUGUGAUACGGCGCGACGCACCAAAUGUCCGCGCUAGCCCAAUCAUUGGCCAAGAGCAAGAGCGCAAUCGUAUUAUCACGGAAGCGAUUGGCAUCCCUGAAAGUGGAUCUUUAAAGCGCAUCGCUGAACACUCGAUAAACGUCCUUAGUCUGGAUACCAAAGACCGCAAGGUAUUCCUCGAGGGACCAACCGUGGAUCUCAUUGCCCGUGGUAUCGUCAUCCGGAAAGACGUAGCUCUUCGUGCAUUGAUAGCUUCAUGCCAAAAGGCCAAUGAUGCCGUUCAGAUCACGCCCCAAAUCACACGAUUCCGCAUACAUGGUCACGCCGAUGAAGGAAGUAUCAAACGCUUGCUUGACGUAUUCACUACAUCCAAGCUUCUUGGCCUUGAUCGCGUUGACCUUGUGUCCGUUCUCGGCAUCCACUACACUCACUCUGCACCUCUCCUCGGCACCCUUCGCGCGCUCGUAUCAUCUCGACUUCUCAGUAUUAGCGAGCUCGAGAUGUUGGUGCGUCGCUUCCCUCCCACAAACCCUUUAUUUAAGCAUACUGCCAAAGAACUCUGCCGCAGAAGGUUCAAGAAGCAGAUACCUAACAUUGCUGAAUUCGAAAAUUGGCUGAACAAAGAAAGCCAAGAAGGACUGAAAAAGACCAUGGCGGCAUGCGACAAAGUACACAAGAUGACAAGGCAAGCAAUCACUCGGAGAAAGUGCGACUGGAGGAAGGAUGCUGUGCUACGUCUGUGGGGUGAGGAUGUGGAUGGGGUUUGUGUUGAGGAAGAGGCCGAAGACGACAUGGAGCCGGACAAGAUCAAACGACGAGACUCAAAGUUACUGGAGUAG